AUGUCAGAAACACGUCAACCAACAGCUUUAAUCACUGGUGCUUCAUCAGGUAUUGGUUUUCAGGUCUCCAAACAAUUAUCUCAAAAAGGUUAUAAAGUAUACGCAGGUGCUCGUCGUCUUGAACCAAUGGAACCUUUGAAAAAAUAUGGUGUUAUUCCAAUUAAAUUAGAUGUUUCAUCAAUUGAUAGUGUAUUAGAUGUAAAAAAAUUCUUAAUUGAAGAAUUAAAAGAUGGGAAAUUAGAUAUUUUAUAUAACAAUGCUGGUCAAAGUUGCACAUUCCCGGGUAUUGACGUUACAGACGCUCAAGUUGAACAGGUUUUUCAAGUUAAUGUCUUUGGUGGAAUAAGAUUAACUAGAGAAUUAAUUUCAUUGAUUAUUAAAGCUCAUGGUACAAUUUUAUUUACAGGUUCUUUAGCAGGUAUUGCACCAUUUCCAUUUGGUUCAGUUUAUAGUGCUACAAAAGCUGCUAUUCAUCAAUAUGCUAGAGCCUUACAUUUGGAAUUAAAACCUUUUGAUGUUAGAGUUAUCAAUGUUAUUACAGGAGGUGUUUUAACUGAUAUUGCUGAUAAAAGAGCAUUACCACAAACUUCAUUGUAUAAUAUUCCAGAAGGUCAACAUACAUUUAGUGAAAGACAAGAAAUGGCUAAAAGAAAUCAACCAAUGAGUGCUGAAAAAUAUUCCAGCCAGGUUAUUAACGAUAUUAUAUCUGGAAGAGAUACUAUUGAUGUUUAUAGAGGAUCAAAAGUUUUCUUAGUUUCUUGGUUGAUUAGAUGGUUCCCAGGUUGGGCUGUUGAAUUGAUUUUUCAACAUAAAUUCAAGUUGAAUGCAUUGUUCAAAGCAUUGAGAAGAAAGUAUAGUGAUGGAGUUGACUUACACUUGGAUUGA